AUGAUGAUGAAUUCCGGGAACUGGGACAACAAUGCAAUGAGCUAUGCCAUGGUGGAAACGUUACCCGAUGAUGUAUCGACUCAAAUAGCCCAUCCUUCACGCUACCCAAGGGGCCAGAAAACCGGCGGCUCGAUGCGUGUCGUUAAACCGAAUAGUGCCAACAACAGCCCACGAAGCUCAAUGGGUAGACGCAGGACGGUGGUGGCUGAUGGUCAAUACCGGCGAAGGGUUGCCAUAAUCGACCAGAAUAUUUCAUCAGCUUCUAAUGGCUUCUUCUCAAACGAUGGGCUGCAAGUUCCAACAAGAUCAAAUCGGCCGGCCAGCUGGCACCCAUCCUCACAACAAACUCAUCAGCCAUUGUGCCAGCCAUCGUACACCACCCCAAUGUACGACUUCAAUAAUCAGUUUCAAUUCAUGGAUGUACCACCAACUCCUAUGGUAUACUCUGGAUAUACCUCCCCGGCAUCAACCUUCUCGCCGUUGUCGAUGCCAUAUAACGGUUAUUACCAACAUCAAUUUUCCUUCCAACACGUACCGGCCCCUUGCAAUCAAACUCCGGUCUAUGCUAUAGAUCAGAUGCCCAUGAUGGAACAACAAACGGAAAUCUAUACUCAAUUUCCCAUGACAAAUAUUGACCCUACCAUGUCCUCAAAUACAGAAUGGGGAAAUUUCGCUACCAGUGGAUUCGGGGGUUCCACUGCACCGCCUACUCCGGAGAAUUUCCUUCCGAUUCAGCACCCAGAGCCAUUGUUUCCGUCAGAAGACUCGAUACCAUACCAAUCUUUAUCCGAUACCGAGUCUGUAGGGGAGGAUCUUAUCGGAGUUGGACUAUACGACAAGCCUGAUGUCAUGAAGUUUUCGGAUCUUGAUCCACAGCUAGAUAACUAUCGAUCUUUAAUGAUGCCCCAACUUAUUGGAUCUGGAUAUCGACGAACAGAGUCCACUGGGAAGGGUCUAAAAUUAGAGGAGACAUGGAACCCUCCCGAAAGUGACGAAGAUGACGAUGACGACGACGACGAGCAAGACGCGGAGGCUGAAGAUGAAGAAGAGCCAACGAAGACACUGGAGAGCAGCAACGUUCAGUGUGCUGACGACUCCAAACCCAAAAACGAAAGUCACCUCGCAGAGGCAUCGCAAGGAGACACCCAGUACGGCGGUAGUGCGAGCGCGCGAGAAGAGCCGCAAAGCUUGGCAUCAAAUUCAAUCCCAGAGAGCCCAAACGAAGACCCAAGAAACCUGACAGCGUAUUCCUCUUUCCCACCACCGUCCAAAAUCACGGUUUCUCUCCAACCUAUUUUCGCACACGUCAAGACCUCAAUUAUGGUGCAAUACGUCAUUACACCUUGGCGGAAUCCGUCCGAGCUGCUCCGCGUCCGCGAUCAGCUGUAUUCAGGUUCAUCACCAGGACGGCCGGGCAGUGAUGAGGACCGCCGACAGGCUGUGGCGCAGGUCUCGGUGUGGAUGCAGAGGGGUAACUGUCCGCAUCUAGUCGAGAGUACGGCCAUUCUUAUGGCAGCUGUGCUGAAUGAUAUCCCUGGGAAUGCGUCGUAUUGUGUUAGAGCUGCGUAUGCGGCUGCAUUUUGUAGGUUUGUCACAGGUCUCUUAGACAGUCACCAAAUAAAGCGCAAAAAGAUGAGCAUGUAUUCAAUUGCAAACUCCAUUGGCCUUCCCGCCACCUACGUAGAACUACGCCACCAAGCAACACAUGAAGAACUCCCGUCGCUCUCCAAACUCCGGAUAGCUACCCAAAAAGCACUACGCUGGAUAUGGGAUUACUAUUGGGUUACUUUAUCAAUUAAGGUGGCGCCAUCCGGUGCGGGAGGCCAAUGUAAAGCUUGGGUUCUGAAUUCGGUUGGGGAAGGAGAUGAUAAAAAAUGCGAAGGUCUGGACGAGGCGUUGUCUAAAUUCGGCGAGGAGGAGCUGAUCAAGGCUGUGGUUGAGCUUCAAGCUACGGCGAGAGAUACAAAUGUAUUAUUGAAGUGUCUGGACUUACACCAACGGAUCCUAGACGGCGGGCUGAAUACUACAGGGGAAGAUGAUGACUCGCAUCUGGAUCUUUCAGAUAGUAAUUUGGAAGACAUUCAAAAGCAAAUGCUUGCUAUGGCGAAGGAACUGGACGAGACGCCAAAGGAACCGCCAAUAUAUGUGGACGAUGAUAUACAGGUGCUUGAUGAUUCGAAAAGCCAGGGAUGGAUGUUGUGGCAAGGCCCUUGGGUGCCAAAGCCUAUUGGUGUUGUUUGA